CGUAUUGCAAUGUGUGUGGGAGUCGUUCUCUAUCUCCGGUUCCGCUCGGGGAACGAGAGCUAACAACGACGUCGAGGGCCUUGUCUUCCGAUGGCUGAAGCCCCUGCAGCCGCCCCCGGCACGUUAACACCGGACGAUGCGGUGGACGUGUUGGAGGAGCUACUGCCGGCACAAAACAAGUCCUACGAACUGGGGCUCAAGUUGAAACUGCAACAACACGUCGUGGAGGCCAUCCAUGAUACAUAUUCCAAGCCACGCAAUCGCCUUCUCCACGUUAUUAUCGCGUUUACCAACCAAGUAGAGCCCAGACCGACAUGGAGGGUCAUUGUGAAGGCCCUGAGAAGUCGAGUGGUCGACCUACCGGCACUAGCUAACACGGUGGAAGCUGCUCAUUUUCUAGUCCCUGUUCGUUCUUCUGUGUCCCCGGCGAGUAUUGAGGAUGAAAUAGAAAAUCUUGAAGAUAGGUUUUUACAGCUCACGUGCGAAACACGAGCAGCGCUUUCCGAUAGAGAGCAGCAAGAUAAAAACUUUCUGCAGAGCUUCUCUGCUUUUCUUCUUAACCUUCCUGUUGCAAAGAAAGUUGUUCAUGUAACAUUUUUUCAUCAGAAUGAAGAUGAAAUCCUGAAAGCUAAAAAUAUUCAAAGUUUGUUUGCCAUAAUUGGCCGUUACUGCAACUAUUCCAACUAUGAGAUAAUCGUGCAUAUCGUCAAAAGAUUCGGUGAUGCUAAAUUAAACGAGAAAAUCAUGAUGUACUGUGAUUCGAUAAAGAAAUGUGAAACUGGCACAACAGUUGCCGUCUACCUUCAUGCCAUUUCAGCUCUUCCAGAUAGCGACGUCUGCCAGGGGUUCAUUCAAAUGGCCAUGAAAAUCAAUAAGCCAACAUCCGUGUGCACAAUGCAUGAGAUCCGACAGCUGAAGGAAAGCAUUGCGGAAAAGGCAUCCGUUUACUCCCACUGUCUUUAUAUGGAGAGUGUCGCUAAAGGAUCGGUAGUGGUGCAGUUGAGAGUACAUCCUGACUGCUCACAGAUGGUCUUCGAUGCCAUUACCAACAACACCUACCAGACUGAUGUCACAGUUGUGAAGAUCUCAGAUAAUGCAAAAGAAAAAUCUAUGUAUACACCACUUAAAAGAGGUGAAGUAAAAGAAGCUGUAUAUGCAAGUCGCAUAUCAAGAGAACGUACUUAUACCUAUGCAAGUGUCACUCAUGCAGCAAACAAAUGUGAAUCAUGUCAUCAACUGAAUCUCAAAAAAUCAGUGUUAGAGAAAGUGGUAAAGGUUCUUGAAUCUCACAAGGUACAGGAGAUGGAAUUAGCCCAGCAGUAAAGAAAAUGCUGCUGGAGAGCAGUUUGCCAAUAGCUGGUGACGAGGCAACCAGACAACACAGGAAAAGGGAGGUGCAGCAACCACCCCCUCUCCCUCCCUCCUUCCUUUCCGCCCUCCCUCCGCCCCUCCCUCCCCGCCCAUUCCAAAGCCCAGGUCCAAGUCUAUGGCUCCAGUUUCUUCUGACUCACACACUGUCAAGACAAUAAAGGACUUUGAGUUCCUUGUGGUUCUAGGCAAAGGGACAUAUGCAAAGGUGGUGAUGUGUAAGGAGAAGACAACAGGAGAGAUACUGGCCAUGAAGAUACUCAAGAAGGGUAUGAUAGUGGCCAAAGAUGAGAUCACCCACACCGUAACAGAGAGAAAAGUUCUCCAGAUGACAUCAUCUCAUCCUUUCCUCACGAGUCUCAAGUACUCAUUCCAGACACCAGACCGAUUGUGUUUAGUGACAGAGUACGUACAAGGAGGAGACCUCUUCUACCAUCUGUCCAGAGAGAGAGUAUUCUCAGAGGACCGCACCAGGUUCUAUGGAGCUGAGAUAAUUCUGGGAAUCCAGUACCUCCACAGCAUAGGAGUGGUCCACCGACACAUGGAGCUGGAGAACCUGAUGUUGGAUGAGAGGGGACACAUCAAGAUCAUAGACUUUGGAUUCUGCAAACAAGGAAUAUACCCUGGAGACAUCACUAGAACCUUCUGUGGCAAUGCAGGAACCAUGGCUCCUGAAGUGCUAGAAGACAAUAACUAUGGACGGGCAGUGGAUUGGUGGGGAGUGGGUGUGGUUAUGUAUGAGAUGAUGUGUGGGCAACUCCCAUUUUAUUCCCGAAACCAUGAGGUCCUUUUUGAGCUCAUUAUAGAGCUCAUUUUAGUGGGAGAGGUAAAGUUUCCAGCAAGACUGUCACCGGAGAGCAAGUAUCUACUUGGAGGACUACUUCAGAAAGACCCGAGCAAAAGACUGGGUGGAGGAGAGGGAGAUGCAGAGGAGGUCAAGUCUCAUGUGUUCUUCAAGUCCAUCAACUGGGACGAUGUCUACAGCAAGAGGAUCACUCCUCCCUUCGUCCCCAUCAUCAAGUCAGAGACAAGUACUGACUACUUUGAUAAGGAGUUUACCGACCAGAACCCUGAACUGACACCUCCACCAGAUGAUGGUCCUCCCGAGGACCCAUUCAAAGAUUUUGACUUCGUAUACACAUUUUGUCAUGAUAGAAAGACCAUUGUGUAGGGUAGAUAGUGAUGCCAUUCGCCAUUCUUUUGUGCUGUUAGAACAAAUGGUUAUUUCAUGGAGACUGCGGAGAACACAUUAAUAAAACAUAACGUGUACAUACACAUAUGUAGUAAUACAAAAAGUUUACAUGAUACAAGAUACAACAGUAAAAAAAACAAGACAAAGUAAAAAAGGAGGACACAAGACAUGGAGACAACGGAUCACACAGAGACAGGGAUGAUGUCAUUGACCACGCCCACUGCCGCCUGUGGGGUAUGCAUUAACGACAGGUCGUCUGAGGAA